CCCCGUGCCCUCCCCAUGGUGUGUUCCAGGUACAGCCCUCACCAGGACGCCGACCCGCUAAAGCCCCGGGAGCCCGCCAUCAUCAGACAUUUCACCGCCUACAAGAACCAGGACCAUGGGGCCUGGCUGCGUGGUGGGGACGUGUGGCUGGACAGCUGUCGGUUUGCUGACAAUGGCAUCGGCCUGACCCUGGCCAGCGGUGGGACCUUCCCGUAUGACGAGGGCUCCAAGCAGGAGAUAAAGAACAGCCUGUUUGUUGGCGAGAGUGGCAACGUGGGGACGGAGACGAUGGACAACAGGAUCUGGGGCCCCGGCGGCCUGGACCACAGUGGGAGGACCCUCCCUAUAGGCCAGUAGGUUUGCAACUGUGGCAGGUUCCCUGCGUGGCUUAGGCGACGCGGUAGCAGUGGAAGGAGUGGUGCUUGUGUGUGAUUUCUUCCUGCUGGCUGUGAACGCCUCUGUCCAUUAUCAGUUAGAGAAAUCGAUGGCACUCUAGACGAUAGCGGGCAGUGGGGUGAAAUCGAGAAUGGGAGAGAGAGGAAAAAACAAAACAAAACCAACCAACCAUGCUGGAGAUCAGUCCACAGGGCCACGUGACAACCGGAAUGCACGGUGUGGUUCCGGGGCCGUGUCAGUGGCAGACCAGUGUCCAGGCUCAGCGACCAUGGGCUCCUUCCUCCUCUGACAGUGCAUUGCCCCCCCCCCUUCUGAGGACGGGGGACAGAUAGACUCAGGCCAAUGGGGAAUAACCAGGACGGGGACAGAACCCGACGCCAUGUCGCACGCAGACAGGGAGCUUCCGUCAGAAGAGAUCACACUCAGGGGAAAGCACAGGCGGAGUUUUCACACGUCCUCGGGGCUGCCAGGCACGUUCAAGACGAAACUCAUGCCCCAUGGGCCCCAGGGGUUCGAAUGUGUUUGGUGCAGGAAGAAUUUUCUGCCGGUCAGGCUUGUGCAUCUGCAGAAUUGCAGGGCUGUGAGGAGGGUCAUGGGCUCUCUUGCAGGUGGAGUUCACGCGGUGGGGGGGGGACAGUCAGGUGGCUGGAGGAGGGGGUGACCUGGAGAGCUGACCCACUCAUGGAGCAAAGGGACCAAAGGGACGCGGUCAGUUCCUCAGCCUCGGGGGGUGGGGGUCGGUGCGAGGACGUCUCUCCCGCGUCUGACAGUGAUUCUGCUUAAACAUGAAUCCGAACCAGAUGGCAAGGCUCUGAGCUGGCCUGCAGCACGGGGGCCCUGCUGUCCGAGCGCUAAAAGCCCCUCCUGCUCCCUGAGCAUCUUCCCUUUCUCUGGGGAGAUAGAAUCCCUGCCUCUAUGGGCCGGACAUGGCCAGAAGCUCCCACCGCAGUGGACGUGACCUUUGCAAGGACGGUGCCGAGAGAAUCCCGGCCUCCGUCGGCGCAGGCCGUCAGGAAGCCCUCGUUCUGUCUCGUCGAAGCGCUGCUCCGUCCCUGUGAGCAACGCGGCGUGUGCAUGUUUGGGGUUGCUUUGCUGAGGGUGACCAGCUUCCCAGGGCCGGAUGUUCUGCUGACGUCCAGGGGCGGGUUUGUUUACGGAAGCCUGAUAGUCCUGCCAAACCCAGCAGGUUCCUCGUACGGCGUUUGUGAGCGGGGACUGUGCCCCCUCGUCACGGUGAUCCGUCCUGAACGGGCCUGGCUGGGCUUGGAAGGAAAGAAGUACACACUCUACGGACAUAGCUAGUCAGGAUGGGCGGUCCCCCGAGUGCUUGAAAUGCAACAACACACAGAGGCACCCCGGAGAACUAGGGGUCGAGGCGCUGUCACUACAGAUGCAGAAAUGCAGAAGUCCUUGGUCCGCUGAAGGCACAGGCCCAGGCUGGGGUGACUGGGGCUUUCCUCGGGAACCGUAUCUGGGCAGGGGAGCCCAACGUGGACGGAGACGGCGGAGUGCGGCCUGUGCCCAGGGACACACCCUCUUCUGUGAUUGUUCCCCUGCUGCUGCCUGACCCCCUUUAUGCCAGCCGUGGAAGGCGGGGCCGGGCCUAGAGCAGAGACACCGGUAAAAGCAUUCCAACUGGGCUCAAAGAAUGAAUGGGCCUAGGUCUGGGGCCACUGGCAAGCCCAGCAGCGCCUCCCAGGCCCUUCUCUGGAGUCGGAGACAGAUAGGGGCAUCUCUGAGCCCCUCCCUCUGCUGGGCUAAGAGGCCCAUUCUCCGGUCCCUUCUCUCUCUGCCUCUGAGCGUGCAGCCUCCUCCCCACCCUUUCCCUGAGGCCUGGAGAUGAGGACCUUCCCGGGGUCCUCUGGCAGCCCACACUCCUGCCCUCCCGGGGGCGCCUGCCCUCCCAGGGGGCACCUGCCUGUCCACGAGGGAUGCUGGGAAGUUACACAGUUAUCUUGCCACAUCAUCAUCACCUUCCAUCCUGCCCCAGACCCCAGAGACUUGCAAUCAGAAGGCUCACUCAGACGAAAACUCAUCUGGGUUUUAAUCUGAUUAGAUGGUUACAGCAAGGGAGAGAAGGCGAUAAUGACUACUGGCUCUCGUCUCCCAAGGGACAUAAUACUAGCAUUCUGUAGCAGUAUUUACAGUAUUCACCCAAUGGCUCUUCACAGGAUGGAAAAAUUGGGGGAAAUAUUUGAAUAGAGGUAAUUCCACAAACCCCAAGCCAGCAACUAAACAGAUAUCCCUCCCUCCUUCCUUCCUUCUUCCCUUCCAUCCAUUCACCCUUCCUUCCUUCGUUCCUUCCUUCC